CCCUUGUCGUGCAUCCUUCUCAGCUACCGGUUGUUAACCUCAAACUGUGGCGAGCCGACCAUUGGCUCAUGUCAAAUUGAAUCAGCUCCCGUGUGCUCGAGUCUUUGGAAAGGAGGGCGCGAAGAUGGAGAUCCCUAGAUACGCUCCGAGGGAGCCAGGAGGUCCACCGCCGGCUAUAUACAUCGAGGGUGCGAGUCACUUCGAUCACCAUGGCGGUCCGGGUCGGUCUCGCCCGCAACCUUCGAGAUACUCUCCCGCUCUAGCCUCUGUCCCCGUGUCGAUACCCAACCUUCGCCGUCGCGCCGAGGACGACGCGCCGCCGCCUUUAAUCCCUCCAAAAUACAUACCCGGCCUAGAACAGCCGGGCUCUGUCAGACACGACCGUAUACCUUCCGUCGAUUCGAAUGCGAGCUGGGAAAGUUCUAGACACGAUUUAGAGCACGAUCGACCUCGGUUCGGCAGGUGUGACAGCGACCAGCCGAUAGUACGGCCCCACAGAGACGAGGGCUACCACAGUCUCAACUCGACGAUGUCGCAAGACUCGCUUCCCAAGAAGUUGUUCAUGACCCACGAUCAGUACCAGUUCAACCGGCAGAACAGCGAAUAUGAUAUUGCGUUAAUCAAGAAGCUGGACUCUCGACGGACCUUUGAGAACCGAACACCGCCUCGGCUGCCUACCCUCAGCGCUUCCGCUAGCGACGCAUCGUCCCGUUUUGCCGGGCAUUCCCAACGUCCGCACCCUCAACUUACGCCGCUGUCCUUACCUAUAUCCCUUCCCAUCCGGCCGAGUAAUAAAUUGGUGAUGGAUUCGCCCGGACGAUACACGGACACCCCACCCCAGUCUGCACUAUCACCCCGCGGCGCGUCGUUCUACGGGGCUUCUAGCAACGAAUACCGCUCUCCGGUGGAACUUACGGACCCGGACCGGUCGCCCUUCUCGCGGACGAGGAGGAACAACAGCGGCUCGUUCCCGGAUGACGCGACUAUUUCCACGCAUAGCAGCUACGAGAAUAUCGUAGACGACAACGACUUCUCGAUGGGGGAUGCAUCACACAUGGAGGACGUCGUGACGCGUUCGGAACACCAUGCUACCGGGCAGAAGAGGCGGGCAUCUUCACCGCCUGGCGAUGAUGUGCCGAUGCAAGGCAUGCCUGGCUCCUACGACCUGCUACGACGCCGCGAGGGAGCGUCGAGAGCGUCACCGCAGCCGCGCCUCGCUGCCAUCCCUCAGGGCUCCGUUUCGUCCGUUUCUACGACACGCAGCGGGUCCUACGCCUCGACUGUUUCGCUAGCUACUAACUUCUCGAGCAUGAACUCCUUCACGGGGAGGUCGCCGGGCGGGUUAUCCAGCGGAGGAUUGUCUCCCGUCGACAUGAUCGGGAACUCCCCUUACAACAUUCCCAACCCCCACAACCACUCACCACGCGCCUCGUUUGCCCGCCCACCUCACCAGCGGAACCUCAGCGAAACCCGGCGGUUGACGUCGCCCCGCAAGGUAACGGAGGUACCCAAAUCCGGCAUCUCCAAGAUACCUGGUGGCUUCUUUAUGUGCGAGUGCUGUCCGAAAAAGCCGAAGAAAUUUGAAACGUCAGAAGAGCUCCGUGCGCAUGAGGCUGAAAAGCAAUACGAAUGCACGUAUUGCGGCAACCGGUUCAAGAACAAGAACGAAGCUGAGCGUCACCAAAACAGCCUCCACGUCCGGCGCCACAGCUGGUCAUGUUCGGCGCUGCUCCCAGCGCGCUACGACCGGGCUUUUCACGAGAGCACCAAUCGGCCAGGGGAAGCUGACACGUGUGGGUACUGCGGAGACGAAUUUGAGCGCCGAGGCGGCGUUGGGCGCCCACGACAGCCAACGGAGCAGGAUUGGGAAGAACGGCUGAGGCACCUCCAGGAGGUGCACAAAUUCCGCGAAUGCAACGCGAGCAAGAAAUUCUACCGCGCGGAUCAUUUUCGACAGCACCUGAAGCACAGCCAUGCGGGAACGAGUGGUAAGUGGACGAAUAUGCUCGAGAAUGCCUGCAUGCUCGAGGAAGAACCUCCUCAACCAGCACGAUGAGCGAAUUGAGCCGACCAGCGGAGCGAUGGGUUGGGUAGCAAUACGGCGCGGGGUGCUCGAGGAAAAAUCGAUACGUGGUGGACGUGCAUUCAUGCAGGCGGAUUGAUUUGUCGGGUUGGGGUAAGAGAGACGUCUUGUCGAUGCACGACAACCCGCCACCGCGUUCGAUUGGGCACUGAAGCCGAGGGAGGGCUUUGGUCAGUUGGGACAAGACCGGAUAUGCAGUGCGACUCAAGUCUCACCGCAUC